UAUUCAGGCACCAUGACACAGCAGGUCAGCAUCUCGCCUUUCCUCAAGCCCUUCUUCCUGAAGACGCCUGUCGGGGUGGUCAGCCCUCAGCGUCAGAGACGACACACACUCCCUGCCAGCGAGUUCAGGAACCUCACCCCGCAGGACGCCAUCAGUGUGUUUGAGAUCGAGAGGGAAGCAUUUGUCUCUGUGUCUGGAGAGUGUCCACUGACCCUCGAUGAGGUGCUCAGCUUCCUGGGCCAGUGUCCCGAGUUGUCCCUGGGUUGGUUUGAAGAAGGACAGCUGGUGGCUUUCAUCAUCGGCUCUGGCUGGGACAAGGAGAAGCUUUCACAGGAGGCCAUGACUCAGCAUGUCCCAGACACUCACACAGUGCACAUCCACGUGCUCUCAGUGCACCGUCACUGUCGCCAGCAAGGCAAGGGCUCCAUCCUCCUGUGGCGCUACCUGCAGUACCUGCGCUGCGUGCCGGGCCUCCGCCGGGCUCUGCUGAUCUGUGAGGAGUUUCUGGUUCCCUUCUACCUCAAGGCCGGCUUCAAGGAGAAAGGGCCAUCAGCCAUCACCGUGUCCAACAUGUGCUUUCAGGAGAUGGAGUACCUGCUCGGCGGGCAGGCUUAUGCCCGACGGAACAGCGGCUGCUAA